AUGACAUUUACCCAGUACAGUCAUCUGCCGAUUCGUGGACGGGCAGAAACGAGAGAGAAACCCUAUCUGAAAGACCUUUGUAAUCCGAGCAUUGAAACUAACAGCGAAUUGACGGUAAACCCGCGUACGUACACGGAUGAAAAACCGUACCGAUGUGAGAUAUGUGACAAGAAGUAUAUUAGUAAUAGCAAACUGACUGUACACCAGCGGACGCAUACGGGUGAAAGACCGUACCGAUGUGAUUUAUGCAACAAGUCGUUCUCUCAAAGCUGCAGUCUGACCAGACACCAGAGGACGCACGCGGGUGAAAGACCUUACCGAUGUGACGUGUGUGAUAUGGCAUUCUCUCAGAGAAUCUUACUGAAUGUACACAAGUGGACGUAUACGGGUGAACAACAGUACAAUAACACGUCGGUUUGGGAAAUGGGUAGUACUACAGAAUACAUAGAUAGAUUAGCUAGAGAAAAAAGUUGGCUAAAUAUUGGAGAAUGUAUGUAUCCAGAUUGGACAGAAAUAAUUGAAUCUGAAAAAAAACAAAGCGAAUUGACGGUAAACCCGCGUACGUACACGGAUGAAAAACCGUACCGAUGUGAGAUAUGUGACAAGAAGUAUAUUAGUAAUAGCAAACUGACUGUACACCAGCGGACGCAUACGGGUGAAAGACCGUACCGAUGUGAUUUAUGCAACAAGUCGUUCUCUCAAAGCUGCAGUCUGACCAGACACCAGAGGACGCACGCGGGUGAAAGACCUUACCGAUGUGACGUGUGUGAUAUGGCAUUCUCUCAGAGAAUCUUACUGAAUGUACACAAGUGGACGUAUACGGGUGAACAACAGUACAAGUGUGACAAAUGA